UGGUCGGCCUUGUCGAUCGCUUUACUGUUCUUGGUUUGUUUCCUUUUUCAUUGUUUUCUUCCCAAUUUUGGUUUCUUCGCUUUGGCCUCUUCGCCUCCCAAUCUCCCUUCUUCCCGAUCCCUAUAUUCCUUCAUUGUCUCUCGAUCAAGCCAGGUUCUGAUCUUGUGGCUUCUUCUAUUUCGCACGCGAAUUCCCAACCGUCUUUCGGGGGAUCGGUCUCGUAUUCCUUCGAUUGGCUUUUGUUUUUUUUUUUUUGGUUCGAACUUGCUUCAGCGGGCCUCUCUCUCUCUGGUUGGAAUUGAGGGAGACAGAAUGAGCUUCCAGGAUCUGGAUACAGGGCGACCGCUCGCCGGCCGGCGGGAUCUGACGAACGGAAGGCAGGAUCAGACGCAGGCUGUCGCCGCGGGGCUGUUCCAGAUCACCACGGCCGUUCGCAACUUCGAGCGCCUCGUCAACACGAUCGGCACCCCCAAGGACACCCCCCAGCUACGCGAUAAGCUGAAUAACUCUAGAUUACAAAUUUCACAAUUAGUUAAAGACACUUCUGCAAAACUUAAACUAGCUAGUGAAACAGAUCAUCGUGUUGAAGUCAGUGCGAGUAAAAAGGUUGCUGAUGCAAAACUUGCAAAGGAUUUUCAAAAUAUCUUGAAGGAGUUCCAGAAAUUUCAGAGGCUGGCUGCUGAGAGGGAGACUGCAUUUGCCCCAUUGGCUCCAGAAGCAAAUUUCCCUCAAAGCUAUGAUGCAACUGAAGCUGACUCUGGUUCUAGCAAAACUCGCGAACAGCGUGCUCUGCUUGCAGAUUCUAGAAGGCAAGAGUUGUUGUUGUUGGAUAAUGAGAUUGUUUUUAAUGAGGCAAUCAUCGAGGAGAGAGAACAGGGCAUUCAAGAAAUUCAGCAGCAGAUUGGUCAGGUGAAUGAAAUCUUCAAGGACCUUGCUGUGCUGGUUAAUGAUCAAGGAAUUGUAAUUGAUGAUAUCAACUCCCACAUCGAGAGUUCUCAUGCAGCAACUUUACAAGCAAAAUCUCAGCUUAAAAAGGCAGAAAAAACCCAAAAGUCAAAUUCGUCCCUCAUGUGCCUGCUUUUGGUGAUUUUUGGCAUUAUCCUACUCAUUGUGAUAAUAAUCAUCGCAGCAUGAUCUGAGAUUGUAGUGCACUUCAGUCAAUUCUGGCCCUUUGAGUUAAUGGUUUGAUCAGACUCAACUCUAAUAUCAUCCCACUGGUCUUCUAAAGCUGCAGCCUUGGCAGAGUUUAUGAUAUGACAUUGAAGUGUAUAUAACAAUUUGCAACUUGAGUUCUUUGUGUGCGCUUUCUGUUGCAUUUGCUUCCAGGUGUUGAGGUGCUUCUUUUUAUCCAUCGACGCAGUUCACUCCGGUGUUCGCGUUGUUGAUAAUCAAGGGGUUUAACUGGAAUUUUUUGUAUGUAAAGUUUGUUCUAACAUGCUAUUCCAACUUCCAAUUCAUUAUGAAAUUGUUUAUCUAUUUGUUGCUUGUGUAUAUUAUAGAAAUGGUGUCAGCAGAUCGAAGAUGUAACAUUUGUUGUAAUGCGUUCACUUGCAUUCGUGCAUAAGUGAAUCACGAGGAAGCCAAAAGUUUUGAA